AUGGGUUCAGUCGAGGUUCCCUCCAGGCACAAGGCCUUGGUGUACGACAGUCCUGGUAAGAUCUCGACCAAGAUCGAGGAGAUUGACACACCAAAGCCUGGUGUUGGAGAGGUGUUGGUCAAUUUGACGCAUACCGGUGUCUGUCAUUCGGAUAUGGGCGUCAUGUGCAACUCCUGGGCCUGGCUACCCGCACCCACCGCCCAAGGCCAAGUCGGAGGGCAUGAAGGCGUCGGCGUCGUUGCGUCACUGGGGCCCGGAACCGAGAACUCCAAUGUCAAAGUCGGCGACCGUGUAGGUAUCAAGUGGAUUGCCUCAGCCUGUGGCAACUGCGAACCGUGCCUGGUCGGGGCCGAUGCGAACUGCACAUCAGCCAAGAUCAGCGGGUACUACACGCCCGGCACGUUCCAGCAGUUCGCCCUGGCACCUGCCCACUAUGUGACGCCCAUCCCGGAUAGUCUGGCCAGCGACAUGGCGGCGCCGAUGUUGUGCGGUGGCGUGACGGUGUACAGUGCGCUGCGGAAGUCUGGAGCCAAGCCGGGAGAUUGGGUGGUGAUUCCUGGUGCGGGUGGUGGUUUGGGCCACUUGGCUCUGCAGAUUGGUGCUCGCGGCAUGGGAUUCCGCAUGAUUGGCAUUGAUAUGGGCGAGAAGGAGCAGUUGGUUAAGGACUGUGGAGCAGAGAAGUUCCUCAACCUAGCUAACUACAGUCGGGACGAUGAGGGGACCAAGAAGCUGGUGGAGGAUGUCAAGGCCAUCACUGGGGGACCUGGUGUCGCGGCCGUGGUGGUCUGCACGGCCAGUAAUGUCGCGUAUGCCCAAGGACUGAGCUUCCUCAAGUUCCGGGGAACGCUGGUCUGCGUAGGUGUGCCCGAAGGCCCAUCGGUUCCCAUUGCGACCGCGAACCCUGCUGCAAUGUUGGCGCAGGAGUUGAGAAUUGUUGGAUCCGCGGUCGGCAACAGACAAGACGCCAAGGAGACGCUGGAUAUGGCGGCCAGGGGCGUGGUCAAGACCCAUUUUGAGGUUCAACCGAUGGAUAAGUUGACGGAAGUGUUUGAGAGGAUGGAUAAGGGCAAACUACAGGGACGAGUUGUGCUUGAUCUGAGUGGAUGA